AUGACUGCAGGAGCGGGAGUGGCUUUCGUUCUCUCUGGCCUGUUUGGGCCACUUCCCAUUGUCUCGACUUUUGCCAGCUGGAUUCACGCUUGCAUAACAUAUGUGCACAGCAUCAAGGAGCUGCAGCAGCUUGGAAUUGGCUCCGCAUCGGUCAAGAAUUCACACGCCCUCAUGGAAGUUUUACUCCUGUCCAUCUGGAAGGUAAUGAAUGUCAAGCAGCACGUGCCCGAUCAUCCCUGUGUGCUGCUGUGGGUUCGCGGGGAUACGACCCAUGUCACGGAGGACAGCGUCGGAAAGACCGUGCUGAGCUGGUCGGAUACGUACUUUGCCCAGGUAGUUCCCCUGCAUGCGGCGCCCAGCUGCCCCAGCGGCUUUCGGCCCAAGGAGUGCAAGUUCAAGGUGCAGCAACGGGGCAAGACCCUGGCCAAGACCGCCUUGGUGGACAUGACCAAGUAUUGCAGCGACACGGGGCAGGCGAGGGAACAAACUGUGUCACUGCCGCUGCAGCCAAGCGGGACUCUGUAUUUCGUCAUUAGCACCGCACCGGCCUCGGAGCAACAACAACAACAACAUCAGCAGCAGCAGCAUUUAAACGAGGACAGGCCGUCGUCUCAAAGCUUCUUAAAGAACCUAAUGCGCGUGAGCCUCUCGCCCGGUGUGGGCGGCGGUGGCGGUGGCGGCGGCAGUGCGAUGGCGACAUCAGUGACGGGGGGUUCCGACGGCGGCUGUGGCGCGGGGGGCGGAGGGAGCCCCGCCCUCUUCCCCGAUAGCGGCGGCAGGCAGGGUCACAAUCAGGUCCAGGACGCGGUAAACUGUGCGGCCAAGUACGGCGGCGCCGCAGCCGGCGCAGUAUCCGCCCUGGCGGCGGCGGUGGCGCCGACAGUAUCGUCGGGGCAGGUCAGAGCGUGGGGUGCGACGCCGGUCCCGGAUACGGUGGCAUCCACGCCGGACGGUGACGGCGACAGGCCGUCGACGUCGGGUCGUGGACAGCAUCACCAGCGGAAGCCGUCCGGCGGCCCCGCAGGAACCUGGGUGGGGGGUCUCGCGGCGGCGGCGGCGGCAUCAGGCGGCAAGACGCCAUCGCCGCAGCAGGACCUGGGAGCCGACGGCGGGUACGAGAAGAGCCAUGGUCUGGGCGUGUUUAAGCGCAAAACCGGCACCGGCGGUGGCGGAAGUGCCAACAAGCCGGGGACGACGGCAUUUGCAGCUGCCAGCGGUGCCGCUGCCGCCGCAACGGCCGCCGUGACGUCGGCCAUCGUGCCGCGGCGAAACGGCGGCGGCGGUGGGUCGACGCCGGCGGCGGCGGCGGCAGCGGCUCUGCACUCGCGCUUGAGCUCUCUGCGCAAGUCCGACAGCGAAAGCAUCAUUCCUCAGGCCGCCGCCGUCACCAUCGAUCUACGAGCCUCCUGGGAUGAGCAGGCGGAGAGGUCAUUGUCGCAGGCUGUGCUGACGGCGGGCGGCGGUGCCGGCGCCGGCAGGCGCGUCCGGGCCAGUGGCAGCGGCUACGCCUCCGCCGUCGUCGCCGCCAGCCAGCGAGCGAUCCACAGCUUCACGGGCACCACUCCCGUCGCCGGAGGCCGAGGCCCUGGGCCCAUGUCUUCGCCGCUGAAUGUACAGCUCCCGCCGGCGGUGCUAGACAGCGUACGGAACCUUGCGCGGCCCAGCGGCGCGGCGAGCACCUGCAGUGAUAUCGUUGCUAGCGCGGGUAAGGGUGGUGGCGGCGGUGGUGGCGCCGCCGUCGGAGGCGGCGGCGGCUGGGGCACCUGGCUCCGCAGCGGCUUGGGCUGGGGUCGUUCGUCCAACCAUUCCGUCGCCCGAACGUCGACGGGAGCAAUUAGUCAGGUGUCGCUGGCCAAUGGCGGCGCCGCUGCUGCCGGUGAGUACGGCGGUGGUGGCGCUGGCGGCGAGAUGUCGGCGCUGGAAGCCGCCAUCAUGGGUGCCACGGAGGCGGUUGAAUUACGGGAGCUUGCACUGGAUCUACUUCAUGAACGGGAAGAAUGGCGGUCUCGCGCACUGGCGGCGCAAGACGCAUUGGGCCGGGCGCAGACGGCCCGUGGGUCAGCUUUGCGUGAGGCACAACGACUGGAGUUACGGCUUCGGCAGUACCAGGACGAACUGGGACGCCGUACGGACGGUUCGCUUCUUCAGGAGCUCGUUGAAGCCAAGGUUCGAAUUGCAGACCUGGCAAAUGAGAACAUGAAGCUGCGGCGGCAGAUUACCCACAUGGGCCCGCUCUUUUAUGACGACAGCGGCGACGAUGACGGCCGAGCUUAA